UACGCUAGAAGCGCAUGACGUCAUACAACCGGAAAUAACGCGAUCUUUUUCCGGGUCAUUGUUUGCUGUUCCCGGACGUUUCACGCGGGAAAAGGGGGAGCAGAGCAGAGGCAGCAGAGAUGGGAGACACACUGGAGUUCAAUGAUAUUUAUCAGGAGGUGAAAGGAUUCUGGAAUGACGGCCGGUUGCGGUUCAGUAAACAGUCUGUAGUCUACAAAAGCAGUAAGACGGGAAAAGUGGACAGCAUCCCUGCCCCCGAUCUAUGUCUCGCACAGUGGCGGCGUGUCUGUCUCGGACACGGGAUCAAACUGGCAACGAGCAACGGCCACAUCUACAAAUACGACGGCUUCAAAGACACGGACUUUGAGAAAAUCUCCACAUUUUUUAAGGCCAACUACAAAGUUGAGCUGACAGAAAAGGACAUGUGUGUGAAAGGCUGGAACUGGGGCACAGCUAAAUUCUCAGGGCCGUUGCUGUCAUUCGACAUUAACGACAGUCCGGCGUUCGAGAUCCCCCUGGCCAACGUAUCCCAGUGCACCACGGGAAAGAACGAGGUCACUGUGGAAUUCCAUCAGAACGACGACGCCGAAGUGUCGCUCAUGGAGGUCCGCUUUUACGUCCCGCCCUCCACCGGAGACGAGGGCACGGACCCUGUAGAGAUCUUUUCCCAGAAUAUUCUCUCUCAGGCAGAUGUUAUUCAGGCUACCGGAGAUGCUGUGUGUAUCUUCAAAGAACUGCAGUGCCUUACGCCCAGAGGAAGGUACGAUAUUCGUAUCUAUCCCUCUUUCCUACACCUGCACGGUAAGACCUUUGACUACAAGAUCCCCUACACCACCGUCCUGCGCCUCUUCCUGCUGCCUCACAAGGACCAGAGGCAGAUGUUCUUUGUGAUCAGCUUGGAUCCACCCAUUAAGCAGGGCCAGACACGCUAUCAUUUCCUCAUCCUCCUCUUCUCCAAAGACGAAGACGUUAACCUCACUCUCAGCAUGAGCGAGGAGGAGGUAGAGAGGCGCUUCGAGGGAAAGCUGAACAAGAACAUGUCCGGCUCUCUGUACGAGAUGGUCAGCAGGGUCAUGAAGGCUCUGGUCAACAGAAAGAUCACGGUGCCGGGAAACUUCCAGGGUCAUUCAGGUGCUCAGUGCAUCACGUGCUCAUACAAGGCUACCUCGGGGCUGCUGUAUCCUCUGGAGAGGGGCUUCAUUUACGUGCACAAACCCCCGGUGCACCUGCGCUUCGAGGAGAUCUCCUGCGUGAACUUCGCCCGAGGCACCACCACCACGCGCUCCUUCGACUUCGAGAUCGAGACCAAGCAGGGCAGCCAGUACACCUUCAGCAGCAUCGAGAGAGAGGAAUACGGCAAACUGUUCGACUUUGUUAAUGCCAAGAAGCUGAGCAUCAAGAACAGAGGCAUAAAGGAGGACAUAAAGGCAACCGGUGGCUACAGCGACUCCGACGAGGAUGAGCACGAUGCUUAUUUGGAGAGGAUGAAGGAGGAGGGUAAAAUCCGAGAGGAGGGAGACGAGUCCGAUGGUGACAGUGAUGUGUCCUUCAAUCCUGGCGAGGAAGAUGAUGACAUUGCUGAAGAAUAUGACAGUAAUGCCUCGGUGAGCGACAGCGAGGGAGAGGAGGAUGAUGAUAGCGGGGAUGAAGGGAGGAAGAAAAAAGUCGAGAAGAAGCCCAAGAAACCGGUGAAAGAGAAGAAGGAGAGAAAACCACGCAAAGAGAAGAAGGUAAAGGACGCAGGAGCCCCUAAGAGGCCCAUGAGCGCCUACAUGCUGUGGUUGAACGCCAACAGAGAGCGGAUCAAGUCCGAGAAUCCCGGAAUCUCAGUCACGGAGAUCUCCAAGAAAGCCGGAGAGAUGUGGAAACAGAUUGACAAAAGCCGCAGGGAGGAGUGGGAUAAGAAGGCAGAAGAAGCUAAAAAACAGUACGAGAGAGCAAUGAAAGAAUAUAAAGAAAGCGGCGGAGGAGCUUCAUCAUCUGCGGUCAAGGAAAAGAAGAAGAAAGGCGGGAAAGCGGAUGAGAAGAAAAGGAAGAGCGUAGGAGAGAAGGAGCGAGACAAAGUAGUAAACGAAAGCUUUAAGAGCAAAGAGUUCAUUUCUAGCGAGGAGAGCUCGUCUGAUUCUGAUCGCGGCAAAGGCAAAAAGCGCAAGGCUGAUGAGGAUGAGGAAGAGAUCGCCUCUACGCCACCGAGCUCGGAGGCGGAGUCCGACUCCGAAUGAAAUCGCACACGUGUGCUGGGGUUCUGAGAACGUGAGCUGCUGCUCAGGAUAAACGACCAAACUACACACCAUGUUUUCACGAAACGUCAUUUACAGAUCUGAAACAAACAUUGCCGAGAAACAAAAUUAUAAUUGGCAAAUAUAUAUAUAUAUAUAUAUAUAUAUAUAUAUAUAUAUAUAUAUAUAUAUAUAUAUAAAUAAAAUAUAAUAUACACACACACGCAUAUAUAAAAGAUUUGGACCAGGUAUUUAAAGCUAACGUAAUUUUAAAAAAUCUACACGUUAGUAUAAUUGCUCUUGCAAAGAUAUAAAUGAUAUUUUUUGCUUUUUAUAAAUUCAGUCAUCACACGUUUUCUCACGUUAAGGGAAAGCAGUGCGUUUUGAUGGCUGCAUGUCAGCAAUGUUUGUUUAUCAGAACACCACUGUUACUUUUACAAUUUUUUUUUUUUUUUUUUUUUUUUUUUUUUUUUUUUUUUUUUAAUAAAUAUUUACCACGUAUCCUCUCUGGCAUUGCAGUCACAGAUAAAACAAACACACACUGACUGGUCUUUGGACCAAUUUUUUCUGCCUCCUCAGGCACUGGUGUACAUUCGCUCUAUGGGAAAUGGAAACCAUGGAGAGGCGGGUACCCUUUUUUUUUUGCGUGUGUGAAUUCUGAGUGCAACAACCAACUAGAGCCCUUUACUAUCUUUAUUUCUUACUUGUAGGUAAAUUUGAUUUAAAAAUUAAAUCAGGGAUCAUUAGCGUUAUCUUGUGUUUUUGUUUCCCCGCUUUUAAAUGAAGAUCCUGUACUGCAUCUUGAUUUGAAUAUAUGGGUGUUAUGUGUUUGUCCUGUUACAAUCUCAAUAAAUGUUUUGUAAUAAAAUUUGAA